ACACACACACACACACACACACACACACAAAGCGGCAGUAAAGGCUAUGGUGGGAGAAGACGCACGCGGACCUCCGGCGAGUUCAUUUCCACUGUGAUUGACCUGCAGCGGUGUAUCUGGUUGGGAGAAGAUGUCUGUGAACGAGAUGUAUGUGUUCCGGCCCUUCAAGCUGAUCGCUCUGCUGUGCGUCUUCCUGGCGCUGUGUCUGGACGUGGUGGCUCUGCUGAGCCCAGCUUGGGUCACUGCGGAGCAUUUCUCCCUGUCUCUGUGGGAGUCCUGCUCCCAGUCCGAGGCACGGCAUCAGACAGAGGAGGCUCAGUGGAGCUGCUUCUCCACCCUCACAUCUGACUGGCAGAUUGCCACCCUGGUGCUGCUGGUUGCCGGCGCCGUGGCGACGCUCUUGGCCUUUCUCGUGGCCCUGAUUUCCCUCUGCCGGGGGACACAGAGACGGCACUACCGCACCGUGGCUGUGCUCCUCUUCACUGCAGUGGUUCUGCAGGCCUGUGCUCUGGUCCUCUACCCGAUCAAGUUCAUCGACGGUACGGUCCUUCAGACCUACCAUGAGUUCAACUGGGGCUACGGGCUCGGCUGGGGAGCCACCAUCUUCAUGUUGGGCGGAGGGAUCCUAUUCUGCCUGCGGACGGACGUAUACGAGGAUACAGGUUGUGGGGGCUGUAUGAACAGGACCCCCACCACCCCUCCUCCCAUGCAGCCAGCGGGUGCCUCAGCCCUGCCGGUCGGUAUCAGGGAUGAGGUGGCAAAGCUAAAGCACAGAGAGCUUUCUGGACAGGCACGAGCCACCGAUGCUGGACGUUUCCACCGCACGUUGACCUGCAUCUCUAUUGUUAGGGAACAGGACAGUAGAUUCUCAGCACAGACCUGA